AUGCGUCAGACUCUCGCUCGGUUCAACCAGACCGGUAUCAAGCACACCACUGCUAACCGUGACCGCUUCGGCCACUCGCAGACCUAUGGUGUGUUUGGUAACAUCGGUAUGGGACGUCACUACAACCCUACCACCCACUUCACUCUCGAGGACAUGCGACGCAGAUCCGUCGUCUACUCCGAUGUCUACCUUGACGGUUUCGAAAACUCUUACUGGGCCGAUCGAAAAGCAUUCCGAAUCCUCUCCCCCGAGCACGCCAAGAAGGCUCGAUUCUUCAGACAGCGAUUUUUCACCCGAAGACUUUUCAACUACUGCUUCUUCCUUGUCUGUGGAGCUUACUUCCUGUUCGCAAUCCUGUUCACCCAGCGAUACCUCGGUAUUGGUCAGAGAAUCAACAACUUUGCCCUUGAACGAAGCAUGGAAAACCGAGCUGCCAGAGAAGAAGCUGCUCUCACUGAAUCUGCCGAGUACGUGCCCGCCCUCGUCCAAGGCUACAAAAAGCUGAUGGCACCAGAGAACCUUUCCAGCUGGGCAAACUACGAACCCAAGAACGAAUGGAAACCAAUCGCAUAA